AUGGCUGAUGGACUUUACAUGCUGGAGAAUAAGGCUGGUCUUCAUGUUACAGAGUCUAUGAGUCAGUCCUUUCCUUUAUUCUCUGACGCCGGGGUCUCCUCUUCUCCCUCUGUGGUUCCUCCUUCUGUUCCUGUUGUGGACCCCCUUCCCGUUGCUCCCACUCCUACUGCAGAGGCACAUCAUAUGCCUGUUACUACAGAGAGGCCGCCAAUUACUCGAGUGUAUACCCGCAGAAGUGCUUCAGCUCCUCCUCCACUUCAGCACCCAUCGACAGAUCCUACUACUGCUCCUUCUCCCUCAAAUCUUCAUCUCCCUAUUGCUUUGCGGAAAGGUAAACGUACUUGUACUUCUCAUCCCAUUUCAGACUAUGUUUCCACUGCUCACCUUUCUGCUUCUCAUUGCAAGUUUAUAUCAUUACUCUCAUCGGUUCCCAUUCCCAAGACAGUACAAGAAGCCCUUACCUCUCCAGGGUGGCGGCACGCCAUGGAAGAAGAACUCUCUGCCCUACAACAUAAUCACACGUGGGAACUCACCACCCUUCCUCCUGAUAAGCACACUGUUGGGUGUAAAUGGGCCUAUACAGUGAAGCAUCGUCCUGAUGGCAGUGUGGAACAACUGAAGGCACGGUUAGUGUCCAAGGGCUAUUCUCAGCUAUAUGGUGUGGAUUAUAUGGAGACAUUCUCUCCUGUGGCUAAAAUUAGUUCAGUUCGGAUUUAUGUUCUUCUAUACAAAGAAGUUGCUCUUGCUUUGAAGAUUAACAGUGUUUAUAGCAAGCAAAAACUUCUUAACAUUCAUGAGAAUGUGAGAGUAUUACGCUCUCCAGACCAUUUCUCAGCUGGUGUUUAUCUGUGGUCUCACCAUGAAAAACUUGUUAUUAUUGAUUAUCGGGUCUGCUUCAUUGGAGGACUAGAUCUGUGCUUUGGCCGCUAUGAUACUGUCGAACAUAAAGUGGGCGAUUACCCUCCUUUGAUAUGGCCUGGAAAGGACUACUAUAAUCCAAGGGAAUCUGAGCCAAAUUCUUGGAUAGAUACAAUGAAAGAUGAACUCGAUCGUGGAAAAUAUCCUCGCAUGCCAUGGCAUGAUGUUCACUGUGCUAUUUGGGGACCACCUUGCCGUGAUAUAGCAAGGCACUUUGUCCAGCGCUGGAACUUUGCAAAGAGAAGUAAAGCUCCAAAUGAGCGAGCAAUUCCACUACUCAUGCCUCAGCACCACAUGGUUAUUCCACAUUAUAUGGGAAGUAGAGAUGAAGAAAUAGAGACAGAGAGUAAGAAAGCUGAAGACAAACAUAAGAGACAGGAAUCUUUUUCCUCCCGAUCAUCAUAUCAAGAUAUCCCGUUACUGUUGCCUCAAGAGGCUGAUGAACUAGAUACUACUAAUGGAAUUCCAACAUUAAAUGCCGUAGACACUACUCAAAGUCACUCCAAUCAACAAAGCACGGUCAGUCGAGGUCUUUCAUUCUCUUUCUGGAAAUCUAAAGUUGAACCUUCAGCUACAGAUAUGCAGUUGAAAGGUUUCGUUGAUGAUCUUGAUUCUGUGGACCUUCAGGCAACAAUGUCUUUGGAUGCAGCUGCACAGUCUGAAAUGCAAAGUUUGAAUAAUGAAUGGUGGGAAACACAAGAACGGGGUGAUCAGGUUGUUUCUGCUGAAGAAGCUGGACAGGUUGGUCCUCGAAUCCCAUGCCGCUGUCAGAUCAUUAGAAGUGUUGGCCCAUGGUCUGCUGGAACAAGUCAAACUGAAGAGAGUAUUCACAAUGCUUAUUGCUCUCUUAUCGAGAAAGCAGAAUAUUUUGUCUACAUUGAGAACCAGUUCUUCAUAUCAGGUCUUUCAGGAGACGAGAUAAUACGUAAUCGUGUUUUGGAAGCAUUAUAUAGACGUAUUAUGCGAGCAUACAAAGAACAAAAGUGUUUCAGGGUUAUUGUUGUCAUACCACUCUUACCUGGAUUUCAGGGUGGUGUGGAUGAUAGCGGUGCAGCAUCUGUAAGAGCUAUAAUGCAUUGGCAAUUUCGAACCAUUUGCAGAGGGCAACAUUCAAUAUUGCAUUAUCUUUAUGACCUCCUUGGUCCAAAAACAUGUGAUUAUAUUUCUUUCUAUGGUCUAAGAUCUUAUGGUAAACUUUUUGAUGGCGGUCCUGUGGCUACCAGUCAGGUAUAUGUGCACAGCAAGCUGAUGAUAAUCGAUGACUGUGUGGCCUUGAUUGGAUCAGCUAAUAUAAAUGAUAGAAGUUUAAUUGGAUCAAGAGAUUCUGAGAUUGGUGUACUUAUUGAAGAUAAAGAAUUUUUAGAUACUUCCAUGGAUGGAAAACCCUGGAAAGCUGGAAAGUUCGCCUUCAGUCUUCGCCUCUCAUUAUGGUCUGAACAUCUUGGUCUUCAUGCAGGACAGAUCAGUCAAAUCCAUGAUCCUGUUGUUGAUGAAACCUACAAAAACAUUUGGAUGGCAACUGCAAAGACAAAUAGUAUGAUCUACCAAGAUGUCUUUGCAUGCAUUCCUAAUGAUUUUAUGCAUUCCAGGGUAGCAAUCAGACAAAGCAUAUCAUACUGGAAAGAAAAGCUAGGGCAUACUACCAUUGAUUUGGGGAUAGCCCCAAAGAAGCUAGAGUCAUAUCAGAAUGGAGUCGCUAAAGCCGAUGAUCCCAUGGAGAGAUUAGAGGCAGUGCAUGGGCACCUUGUUACUUUUCCCUUGGAUUUCAUGCGUCAAGAAGAUUUGAGACCAGUGUUCAAUGAGAGUGAGUUCUAUGCAUCUUCCCAAGUUUUUCAUUAAGUUUAGUCUUUUGAGGGACAGGAAAUAGGGAAGUUAUGAUUAUUGCUGUAGCCAUGGUAACUGCAUUGUCAUAUCCAAGCCAUGAAAAUUCUUGGCCCUUGGCGUAUUCUUUCAUUUAAAAUCAAAGAGAAAAAUAAAUUGGGAAAAAUAACCCAAAAGAUGAAAAAGAAAAAACUCUUUUUUAUCAACAAAAGUUCAGGAAAUUGACGA